UACCAAUACAUUUUUAUUCGCUGUAUUAAGCUGCACGAAAUAAAAUAAAAACCAUAUAUUACAGUAACUAGUACUUAAAUUUACGCAUAAUAAAGUGAAAAUAAUUGAUAUAAACACUACUUCUAAUAUUUAUCAAAACUUUUUAAUCACUGUAAGGUUACAUAUAUUAUCGUUAUCAAAGAACUUAAAACAUAAAAUUGUGCGAGUUAAUAUUUGAAAUAAAAAGAAAGAAAACACGUUAUCAUCACUUAUACAUACUAUUUACGAAUCAUACAGUUAUUCAGACUCUGUUAUAUGAAACGAUACUAAACGUAUAAUUUCAUACGAUACAAGAUGUCUACUGAUAUUACUGAAGUUUCUAGUAAUAAAAUCUUUGGCGGAUGGCAAAAGGUCUAUUCGCACGAGAGCCAUGAACUGGGAUGUAAAAUGAAUUUUGGAAUUUUUCUUCCACCACAAGUGGAAGAAGGACCUGUCCCUGUUAUCUAUUGGUUAUCUGGUUUAACAUGUACAGAAGCAAAUUUUGUUCAAAAAGCUGGUGCUCAAAAAUAUGCUUCUGAGCAUGGAGUAGUUCUAGUUGCACCUGAUACAAGUCCUCGUAAUCUUAAUAUACCUGGAGAAGAUGAUGAUUGGGAUUUUGGAACUGGUGCUGGCUUUUAUGUUGAUGCAACAAAAGAACCAUGGAAUAAAAAUUACAGAAUGUAUAGCUAUGUGGCCAAAGAAUUACCAGCUCUGAUUAAUGCAAAAUUUCCAGUUUUACCAAACAAACAAUCUAUAAUGGGACAUAGUAUGGGUGGUCAUGGAGCUUUAAUAUGUGCUUUAAAAAAUCCUGGUUUAUAUAAAACUGUUUCUGCAUUUGCACCUAUAAGCAACCCAAUUCAAUGCCCAUGGGGUAAAAAAGCCUUUUCUGGCUAUUUGGGUGGUACAGAUACUAAUGUUGCAUGGAAAGAUUGGGAUGCUACUGAAUUGACUAAAAAGUAUAAUGGACCUCCUUUGGAUAUUUUAGUCGAUCAGGGAAAAGAAGAUAAAUUUUUAAAAGAUGGACAACUAUUACCAGAGAACUUGUUAACUGUUGCAACAGAUGCUGGUUUAUCACUGUUUCUUAGAUUUCAAGAAGGCUAUGAUCAUAGUUACUUUUUCAUAGCUACAUUUAUUGAAGAUCAUAUUAAGCAUCAUGUAAAAUAUCUUAAGAGCUAAUUUAAUGUAUACUUUUAAAUUUCUUAUAUAUUAACUCAUUCGUAACAGAUGAUGUACUAAUACGUCAAGUAUAUUUGUAUGAUGUACUAGUACACUAAAGACAUAAUGAACAUCAAUAGACACAACAAAUAUAUAACAGAACAUAAAGAGAAAGAAUACGAAAUAUACAUUUAUUACAAUUUCAUAAGAAUAUUAUAGUUCCUGUAUUUAAAGUUUAUUGUAACGUUUUCUUAUAUUUUAUAACAAAUAUACCUUGUACAUCUUGUACUGCUUAUGA